ACUCAUAUCGGAUCAUGCGACUCGUAUCGGAUCAUGCGACUCGUAUCGGAUCAUGUGACUCGUAUCGGAUCAUGUGACUCGUAUCGGAUCAUGUGACUCGUAUCUGGUCGUGUUCCAUCUCGUUGGUUGCCGUGUCCCCAGGUGUCUGUCAGGAUGAACGGUCCAUGCUGAACGUCGCCUCAGCAUGACAUCAUCAGGCCCCGCCCCCUUCUCCCUCUGUCCUGACGUUGUUGCCGCUGGUCGCCUUGGCGCCCUGUGGCCCCGCCUCCUGCUGCCUCUCUGGAUCUGGACCGGCGAUCCGGCGGACCAGGCACAGGCCUCGCACCAGCACUUCCACCCCCACUCCAUCAAGCUGCCUGGUGACAUCACACUGGGGGGGCUGUUUCCCAUCCACGCCCGCGGCCCCCACGGCGUGAACUGCGGCGAGCUGAAGAAGGAGAAAGGUAUUCACCGCAUGGAGGCCAUGUUGUACGCCCUGGACCAGAUCAACGGCGAUCCUGAGCUGCUGCCCAACAUCACGCUGGGCGCCCGCAUCCUGGACACCUGCUCCAGGGACACCUACGCCCUGGAGCAGUCCCUCACCUUCGUCCAGGCGUUGAUCCAGAAGGACACGUCUGACAUCCGCUGCUCCAACGGCGAGCCGCCCCUCAUCCGCAAACCGGAGAGGGUGGUGGGCGUGAUCGGAGCGUCGGCCAGCUCCGUGUCCAUCAUGGUGGCCAACAUCCUGCGGCUGUUCGAGAUUCCUCAGGUGAGCUACGCGUCCACAGCUCCAGAGCUCAGCGACAACAACCGCUACGACUUCUUCUCCCGGGUCGUUCCGCCAGACUCGUACCAGGCCCAGGCCAUGCUGGACAUCGUCAAGGCUCUGGGCUGGAACUACGUCUCCACGCUGGCGUCCGAAGGCAACUACGGCGAGAGCGGCGUGGAGGCCUUCAUGCAGAUCUCCAGAGAGGCCGGUGGUGUGUGCAUUGCCCAGUCGGUGAAGAUCCCCCGAGAGCCAGCUGAGGGCGAGUUCGAUAAGAUCAUCAAACGUUUGAUGGAGACAAGUAACGCCAGAGGAGUCAUCAUCUUCGCCAACGAGGACGACAUCAAGCGUGUUCUUGAAGCAGCGAGGCAGGCUAACCUGACGGGUCACUUCCUGUUUGUUGGGUCAGACAGCUGGGGGGCCAAGAGCUCACCAAUCGCCGAGCUGGAAGACGUUGCAGAAGGCGCUGUCACCAUCUUGCCCAAGCGGGCCUCGAUUGACGGUUUUGAUCAGUACUUCAUAUCUCGGUCCCUGGAGAACAACCGCAGGAACAUCUGGUUUGCCGAGUUCUGGGAGGACGACUUCAGGUGCAAAUUGACCCGUCCUGGAAUCAAACUGGACUCAGACAAGAAGAAGUGCACAGGAGGCGAGCGAAUUGGUCAGGACUCGUCCUACGAGCAGGAAGGGAAGGUUCAGUUUGUGAUCGAUGCUGUUUAUGCCGUCGCCUACGCUCUGCACAACAUGCACCAAGACCUCUGUCCCAACAGCCACGGGGUCUGCAGCAGCAUGGACCCGGUGGAGGGGCGCCUGCUGCUGGACUACAUCAGAGCCGUCAACUUCAACGGAAGUGCUGGGACCAGCGUUCUGUUCAACGAGAAUGGAGACGCUCCAGGACGCUACGAUAUCUUCCAGUUUCAGAUGACCAACCACAGCCAUCCUGGCUACCACGUCAUCGGCCAGUGGACCAACAACCUGAGGCUCAACCUGGAGGAGAUGCAGUGGUCAGGAGGAGACAAAUCCGUUCCAGAGUCCAUCUGUAGCUUCCCCUGCAAACCCGGAGAGCGAAAGAAGAUGGUGAAGGGAGUCCCCUGCUGCUGGCACUGCGAGCUCUGUGACGGGUACCAGUACCAGUUGGACGAGUUCACCUGUGAAAUGUGUCCAACGGACAUGCGGCCCGUCCCCAACCGGACGGCCUGCUGUCCCACGCCCAUCAUCAAGCUGGAGUGGAACUCUCCCUGGGCCCUAGUGCCCGCCUCUCUCGCCAUGCUGGGUAUCCUAGCAACCAGCGCCGUGGUGGUCACCUUCAUUCGCUUUAACGACACCCCUAUCGUCAGGGCGUCGGGAAGAGAGCUGAGCUACGUCCUCCUGACCGGUAUCUUUCUGAUUUACCUGAUCACCUUCCUGAUGAUCGCGGAGCCAGGUGUGGCGGUGUGUGCGUUCCGGCGCCUCCUGCUGGGCCUCGGCAUGGCCAUCACCUACUCCGCCAUGCUAACCAAAACCAACCGCAUUUACAGAAUCUUCGAACAGGGCAAGAAGUCGGUGACUCCUCCUAAAUUCAUAAGCCCCACCUCCCAGCUCGCCAUCACCUUCAUCCUCAUUUCUGUCCAGGUUCUGGGCGUGUUCAUGUGGUUCGCUGUGGUUCCUCCUCACACCAUCAUCGACUACGAGGAGCUCCGCCCACCAAACCCAGACCUGGCCCGAGGCAUCCUCAAGUGUGACAUGUCGGACCUGUCCAUCAUCUGCUGCCUGAGCUACAGCAUCGUUCUUAUGGUAACAUGUACAGUUUACGCCGUGAAGAGCCGAGGCGUUCCGGAGACAUUCAACGAAGCGAAGCCCAUCGGUUUCACCAUGUACACCACCUGCAUCGUCUGGCUGGCCUUCGUCCCCAUCUUCUUUGGUACCGCUCAGUCCACUGAGAAGAUGUUCAUCCAGACUGCCACCCUGACCGUCUCCAUGUCCCUCAGUGCUUCUGUCUCUCUGGGGAUGCUGUACAUGCCCAAAGUUUACGUCAUCGUCUUCCACCCGGAGCAGAACGUCCAGAAGAGGAAGAGGAGCUUCAAGGUACCAGCCAACCAGAGGAGGGCCUGAUGACAGCAUCACCAUCAUUAUCAUGAAGACGCUGAGCUUUUAUUGUGAAAACCAGACUUUAGGUCAGACAGGAAGUGAAGACGUUGUGUUCAGGGGACGGUGUGGAGCUCAGUGAUGUUGCCAUGGCAACAUUGGACAUGGGGACAUCAUUCUGCCUGGUGGGGGUCUGUGACAUCACUGACAACACCUGAGCACUUCCUGUCAGAGUCUGACUUUUCACAAUAAACGUUUUAUACUAAAUGUUUUCUAAGAAAUGGGUGAACUGCAGGGGGGUUACCUGAGGAGCUCACCUGUUGCUUCUGCCUGUUUCCAUGGAACAUGUGAUGGUCAGUGCUGGGUUCUGGUUCUGAGGUUCAGGUUCUGAGCAUCUCAGUGAAACAGAACCUCAGUCCACAGAUCCAGAACUUCUAACAUUCCUGUGAAUUUCUCUGUGAAUAAAUGAUGUAAUCUCAAA